CCCCUCCCCCUCCCGCCCUCCUCCCUCUUCCUAUCUCCGGCUCGGCCACCGGCUCCGGCCUCUGCGCCCCCCUCCCAGAGCCCCCUCCCUAGAGCGGAGCCCACCCGAGGGCGCCUCUCCCGCCCCACCUCCCAGCCCAGCCACCCGGCCAGAACAGCAGCCCCGGGAGGCAGCCCCACGCCAGCCUCCCUCCCUCCCGCCCAGCCCUGCCAGUUCCCCCCAACCAUGAAUCUCUUCCGAUUCCUGGGAGACCUCUCCCACCUCCUAGCCAUCAUCUUGCUCCUGCUUAAAAUCUGGAAGUCCCGCUCGUGUGCCGGGAUUUCCGGAAAGAGCCAGGUCCUGUUUGCUGUGGUGUUCACUGCCCGCUACCUGGACCUCUUCACCAACUACAUCUCACUCUACAACACGUGCAUGAAGGUGGUCUACAUAGCCUGCUCUUUCACCACAGUCUGGAUGAUUUACAGCAAGUUCAAAGCCACUUACGAUGGGAACCACGACACGUUCCGGGUGGAGUUCCUUGUUGUUCCCACGGCCAUCCUGGCGUUCUUGGUCAACCAUGACUUUACUCCUCUAGAGAUCCUCUGGACCUUCUCCAUCUACCUGGAGUCAGUGGCCAUCCUGCCGCAGCUGUUCAUGGUGAGCAAGACGGGCGAGGCGGAGACCAUCACCAGCCACUACUUGUUUGCGCUGGGCGUCUACCGCACGCUCUAUCUCUUCAACUGGAUCUGGCGCUACCACUUUGAGGGCUUCUUCGACCUCAUCGCCAUCGUGGCAGGCCUGGUCCAGACGGUCCUCUACUGCGAUUUCUUCUACCUCUACAUCACCAAAGUCCUGAAGGGGAAGAAGCUGAGUUUGCCAGCGUAGCCCUGGUCCUCGCCAUCCCUCUCCUCGGUGGCAGCGGCGGCGAGAGGCAGAGGAAGGCCAUGGAAAACGAAGCGCCUUCCCAGCCAGGGGUGACUUUUUAAAGAACCAACCUCUCCCCGCUCCCCAGCCCCCUCCUGCCGAGUUUCAGGGGGCGGUGGAGGACCCAAGUCUUGGGGAACUCAGGACCUGGGCUGUUUGUAGUUUUUUGCCUUUUAGAAAAGAAGAAAAAACCCACAAAUCUUUCCACU